UUGUGUUGCCCACGAGACGCUGGUGAUACCUAAAAACACAAAGCAACAAGACACAUUAUUUCAAAGUAUUUUAUCUGUUGAAUAUUAUAAAGAUGGCAGUGAAUGUUAAAUUCUUUAGAUUUGUCGGUGGUUUUGUGUGCGGCGCCGCCGUCACCACUGGAUCAUGUGUUGCAGUGAUGAAACUUUACAAGGAUGAGGACACAGAGGACCAGAGAGAGCCCGAGAAAGGUUUGCUUUUAAUUCCUCAGGCACAGCAGGACAUAGGGCGGUAUGGCUUCCCCUUGACAGGAGCUGAGAUAAGAUACUACGCCAACCACACAUUGUCCUACAACCAAGCCAUGAAAACACCAAGAUGGGUCGCAGAGCACCUGUCACAUGAGAAACUAUUGGGGAAAGCCGACAGAAAGCCCUGUAAAUUCAAGCCAGACCCCAGUAUCCCAGAACCCUUCACUGCACACAAUGCUGACUACCUUGGCAGUGGCUGGUCCAGGGGCCAUAUGGCCCCCGCAGGAGACAACAAGACCUCAGAGCAGUCAAUGGCUGAAACCUUUUACCUAUCCAACAUUGUGCCCCAGAACUAUGAAAACAACGCUGGAUACUGGAACAGACUGGAGAUGUACUGCAGGGACCUGGCCAAGCGCUUUGAUGACGUGUGGGUCAUAUCGGGACCUCUGGUCCUUUCUGAAGAGGGGGCUGAUGGGAAAAAGACAGUGUCCUACCAGGUCAUAGGCAAAGACGACGUGGCUGUCCCCACCCACCUCUUCAAAGUCGUCCUCGUCAGGAAGGACCAAUCGGCAUCGGGCAAUUUGACUAACAACCAAUCGGCAUCAAUAACCUUGGCCCUCGGAGCCUUUGUCGUACCCAACCAGCCAAUCGGCUUCAAGCGCCCACUGACGGACUUCCAGGUGAGUCUAUCGGAACUAGAGAAAAUCUCGGGCCUGACCUUCUUUCCCAAAGUGGAGCGGACAACUCCGAGCCUCCCCAACUUGUGCGAUAGGGAUUCCUGCCACCUGAUGGACUUUAAGGAUUUCACCUUGUACCUCACGGCCAGGAAGGUGGGCAGUGCCCGCACCACGGUGAAGCUGGAGAAGAGCAUGGCGGAGCUGAAAGAGCAGGGCAUCGCCCCGGACGACUACGUACUCAAACUGUACCAGGAGAAGAAGAAGGAACUGGAAAACAAAGAGCAUAACCUGGCACAUCUUCCUUAGGGCAUUAAGAGAAAACGUUUUGUAGCAGAAUAAGAAAAUUAGGGUUUCUAAUUGGACAAGUCCACAUAGUCCCUCCCGUUUUCAUUGGUUUGGUGCCUAAUGAACACAACCUCUGUGAAACGAGCAACUGGUCAAGUGGCUGUUUUGCUAUGGGUUACAUAGUUUGUUAGAUUGUUUAUUGAACAGAUUUUUCUGUAUAUUUCUUAAUGUUUUUUUCCCAUUGGAAAGUGUAUUUCCCAUGCCAGAAUUUCAAAAAAGUUUUUAAAAAAAAUUGAUAGUUUUUUUAUUUGCCCUGAACAAAUAUAUAAACGCAACAUGCAACAAUUUCAGCAUUUUACUGAGUUACAGUUCAUAUAAGGAAAUCAGUCAAUUUAAAUAAAUGUAUUGUCCCCCGUCUAACUCAAUCAGCUUAUCAGGCUUUUAUGGGUACUAAUCGUUAAUAGAGACCCAGGCGGAAUCAUGCGUUUUCUGUACCUACUAAUUGCAUUGAGACAUUUCAAUUGGAGCGCAGGAAAAGAAGGGCACAUGUAUCACCAGUGUAAUGGAUCCGUUUGUUACCGAGAAGCACUAUGGGUCACUUUAUUGUUUCUAUUACCUCAUAGCUGACUUCAGGACAUUACCACUCAACCACUGCCAUCCGCCAAAUGGACCAGGCGGAUAUCAGAUAUACAGUAGUAUCACAUCACUAAAGACUAGCCUAGACCCCAUCACUCACCCAUCAUCCACCUUACACACACAAACACACACACACACAGGAUCCUACUCAGCGAUUUAAAAAAAAAUCAACCAUAGCCUAUUGGAAUCAGGAUGAGAACUAUUAGGCCUAAUGCAGUGUAAUUGACAAAUGAGAACACAUGAACACACACUCUGUCUACUGUACACACACUGUCUGGCAGACCAGAGCUGCAUCUCAAUAUUACGAAGCAGUUUCCUCUGCUUGUGUUCUCUCCUUGAAAUUCUCAUACUUGAUGCCUACCAGGAAUUUGCUUGGACCUCUCCAGUCUUGUGAGAUUACUAAAGGUGCAGCCUCUGUCGUAGCCGGCCGCGACUGGGAGACCCAUGGGGCUGCGCACAAUUGGCCCAGCGUCGUCCGGGUUAGGGGAGGGUUUGGCUGGCAGGGAUGUCCUUGUCCCA